ACUAUCAGUAAACAAAUGGUGGAUUACAAAGGGAAGAGAAUUUUAUAUUAUUGGAAUGGCGCAUGAAAUUCGACUUAGAUAUUCGUUCAUCAAUGACCGAAAAUUGCACCGAUUCAAAUUAUAAUUAUGUAUCAAUGGCAAUUUUUCAUCCUACUAUAUAUGGAAGCCAGAACUCAAGCUCAAACAACAGAUAAAGUAAAACAGCAAUGGAAUACUGUAAAUGGUAAUGCUGCUACUAGUACUAGUACUAAUACUAGUACUACUACUACUACCACUACUAUCACUACUACUACUACUAUCACUACUAUUACUACUACUACAACUGCUACUACUACUGCUACUACUAUCACUACUACUACUACUAAUACCACAUCUACUGCUAUUACUACUCCUAUUUUACCUCUUAAAUUUUUUGGAGAAAUACCGUACCAUCCACCAAAUGAUGAUAUAAAUGUUUACUGUCGAAAUGGUGGUAUUAUGGCUGAAUAUGGUUGUAUAUGUCGUUAUCCAUAUACCGGAAUACGAUGUUUAGAUUUUGCUUGUGCACAUGGUAUAUCAGUUGGGAUUCGUUAUGAUCCAGAUAGUUUAUUUUUUAAUAAACCUUGUAUUUGUGAUGAUGAUUGGAGUGGUGAUUUAUGUGACAUAUUGAAAACAAAUCAGUGUAACGAUCGUGGUGAAUUCAGAGACGGUCAAUGUCAUUGUGCCGAACAUUUUUUUGGCUCACAAUGUCAGUAUGUCAGCAGAUGCGAUCAUGGCAGACGGAAACAUGGAAGAUGCCUGUGCGAUGAUGGUUGGAAAGGAGAUUAUUGUCAUGAUAUCAUUUGUCAACAUGGCUAUCCAGAUAUCAAUAAUAAAAGUGAAUCAUGUGUUUGUCCGGCACGAUUUACCGGAACUCACUGUGAUCGUUGUUCCCAGAAAGGACCUAAAAUUAGGCCAUAUCCAGAGUGCAACAUUGAUAUCUCGAAAAGUAAAGUAAAGCAACAACGACAAGAGGCAGAAACACAGUUCCAAUUGCGAUUGAGGAUUAUGGGAGCUACAAGCUUUUUGCUUUUAUUUCUGGUAAUAACAAUGAUUUUCUUCCAUCGACGCAGGAUUUACAAAAGAAAACGUUCAGAGAGGCAAAAUAUUCGAAAGCAUAACUCUGAAAUCCGAAAAACAGUCCUUGAAAAAGCUGUACGGUCCACAGAAUGUCUGAAUGUUGAGCAGAGGACGGAAUAUAUAGAAGAAAAAGAUAGGAACUACAGGAAACCAAUGAAAACGAACAGAAGAUUAUCACACUUUCUAUAGUUAUCAAAAUGAAUUUUGCAAAUGUUCAUACGUAUGAUUUGGGAAUCGUAGCUCAAUAACUCUACAGGUAAUCACAAAAUCCAGGACGAACUUUGGAUUUUUGGAUCAGAAUUAAGAAGGAUGACAUGAAGUGGAUUAAAAUCACGCUUAGUGAUUAAAAAUUUUCACUUUUUUGAAUUUUAAUUGAAUUCUUUGUACUGUCAAAAAAAUCCCUUGACUGCUUUACAAAUUUAUUCUGUACGCUGCAACUGAUCACUAUACAGAUCAAUAAUUUGUUGUUAAUAUCAUAUUGAUUAAUAAAAUACGCGCAA